AUGGGAAAAGAGAAGAUCCACAUUAACAUCGUGGUCAUUGGCCAUGUCGACUCCGGCAAGUCCACCACUACCGGCCACCUGAUCUACAAGUGCGGCGGGAUCGAUAAGAGGACGAUCGAGAAGUUUGAGAAAGAAGCAGCGGAGAUGGGCAAAGGUUCCUUCAAGUACGCCUGGGUGCUGGACAAGCUGAAGGCUGAGCGGGAGCGUGGCAUCACCAUUGAUAUUUCCCUGUGGAAGUUUGAAACUGCGAAGUACUACAUCACCAUCAUUGAUGCCCCUGGGCAUCGUGACUUCAUCAAGAACAUGAUCACUGGCACCUCACAGGCGGACUGUGCUGUACUUAUUGUGGCUGCCGGAGUGGGGGAGUUCGAAGCUGGAAUUUCCAAGAAUGGACAGACUCGGGAGCAUGCCCUCCUUGCCUUUACGUUGGGCGUCAAACAGUUAAUCAUUGGUGUGAACAAGAUGGAUUCCACAGAACCUCCAUACAGCCAGAAGAGGUUUGACGAAAUAACAAAGGAAGUUAGCACCUACAUUAAGAAAAUUGGCUACAACCCAGCAACAGUUGGUUAUGUACCAAUUUCUGGCUGGCAUGGAGACAAUAUGCUGGAAGCUAGCAGUAAGAUGCCUUGGUUCAAAGGCUGGAAGAUUGAAAGGAAAGAAGGAAAUGCCACUGGAGUUACCCUUCUAGAAGCACUGGACUCUAUUAUUCCCCCAGCUCGUCCAUUGAACAAACCUCUGCGUCUACCUCUUCAAGAUGUUUACAAGAUUGGAGGUAUUGGCACUGUUCCGGUGGGCAGAAUUGAGACUGGCAUCUUGAAGCCAGGAAUGGUUGUAACAUUUGCACCUGGAAAUGUAACCACAGAAGUAAAGUCUGUAGAAAUGCAUCACGAAGCUUUACAGGAAGCUACACCUGGGGACAAUGUGGGCUUCAAUGUGAAGAAUAUAUCUGUUAAGGACAUCAGAAGAGGCAAUGUAGCUGGUGAUAGCAAAAAUGACCCACCAAUGGAGGCUGCCAGUUUCACAGCUCAGGUAAUUAUCCUCAAUCACCCAGGACAGAUUAAUGCUGGCUAUGCUCCAGUACUGGACUGUCACACAGCCCACAUAGCUUGUAAGUUUGCAGAGCUGAAGGAAAAGAUUGACCGUCGAUCGGGCAAGAAAAUGGAGGACAACCCCAAAAACUUAAAAUCUGGGGAUGCUGCCAUUGUUGAAAUGAUUCCUGGGAAACCAAUGUGUGUGGAGACCUUCUCUUCAUACCCUCCCCUAGGCCGGUUUGCCGUUCGUGACAUGAGACAGACGGUGGCGGUUGGAGUCAUUAAAGCUGUGGACAAGAAAGCACCAAGCACUGCUAAGGUCACAAAAUCUGCAUUGAAGGCUACCAAGAAGUGA